ACAGCUCCUUGCUUUCCUACCCCCACCAUCCCCCAGAAAGCAGCCCAGCACUCCCGCGCCGUCUGCCCGCCCGCUGACGCCCUCGCCACAUUCGAUACUCGCCACAGUCGUCCAAGAGACGACCUUCGCCCAAUAAGGCUUCCCUUGUUCGGCGACGCCACACUUCGACGUUAAGCGCCGCGCUUCGUCGUCACCUUCCAGCCGCCACCUAAGUGUCUACAUCCCUGUUCCUCUCAGUCGACGUGCCGCUCGCCGUCUGCUCUACCGGAACCCCCUCUUCUCCCCAUCAGUCUCAGACCGCGUUUCAAUCCCACUACCCACCCACUCAUCACACAAUGGCCCGUGCCGCUCACCGUUCUACUCGGUCCGACCGCGAUCGUCCGAGGGCGCCCAAAAACCGCAAGCAGGAGACUCGCAAGAGCAAGGUCAACUUCUGGACGACACCCGUCCCUAUGGGCAUUAAGAAGCCCAUCAGCGAAGGGAGCCCCUGCUUCGCCUUGUCUAAGUCGGAGCGCAAACUCAACGCCAAGGCUUGUCUUAAUGAUCCUUACGCCCCGCACGUUGACAUGAACAAGAUGGGAGCGGUGACUGGCAGAGCAUCGCUCGUCUUUGAAGUCACGGCCGACAUCGACCUGUUCUACGAACGGCAGGAGAGGUUGGAGGCACGCAACGAAAGGCGCAGGCGCAAGUAUCAGGCGCAGAUGAACAAGCUCGCCCACAAGAUAUCCAACAUCACUAUCGCCGAGCCCAAGUCCGAGCUGGACAGCGAGGAGCUCCAGUAUCCCAUGUCCGAUGAGGAGUGGGCGGCGCACUGCGCCUCGUCGGAGAGCGAGAGCACUUCAGACUGUGCAAGCUCAUCCGACUCCAGCUCUGGCUCGGACUACUCCACACCAUCGACGCCUCGCGAAGGCUCUGUCGAGCCCUCCGUCUCUGUCGCCGUGCAGGCCAUCAACGAUCUGCACGUGGCCACACCCGAGGAGCGCCUGGUUCAGGAUCUCAACGACAGCAUCAUGUCCAUGGACCUCGCGCCUAAGCGCAAGUCUCCACCUCUGCCCUCCCGCAACCGCAAGGCUCGCCAGGCUUCCAAGCCUUACGACGCCAAGAUGCGCCGCCAUGCCCGCGUCGCUGAGGCCCGGCUCCCCGACGACACGCCCCUCCCCACGGCGGGUGACAUCGCCGCCGCUACCGCCCAUCUCAGGAGCGCCAUCAAGCGCGCAAAGAGCGCCACUCACAUCGCGGAAGAUGCCUCUUACAAUCUCGUUGCUAUGGCGGGCAUGGCCUACACUCGCCUGUAUGGUGCGCCCCCGUCGAACAAGGACGAUCUGCCUGAGGCGCUCGCGCCGGAGCAGGUGGUGCGCAAGGCGCGGUGGCUACAGGCGCAGGCGGAGCUCGCGAAGGAGCAUGCCGGCAACCUGCUUUCGCGCUACUGCCUGGCGUGCCAGUACGCGGGCGUACCAGUGUCGGCAGAGCUGAUGGACAGCGCGGAGGCCUCGAUUGCUCUGUGAAAGGUCACACCCACCGGUGCCUCGACUUCUCUGUACAACGUGAUCCGUUUCUGUUUCCCCUAUGUCUUCCUGUCCUCUGCUUUCCUCUGAUCUACUGCUGAAUCUCAUCUGUCUGCAUCUUUACUACUAAUGGAUCGAAUCCUCUGCUCUGCUCGUCGAACGUUUUCUGUAUCUUACUUACCGUGUCUGUCUCCUCUACCUUCCGUGUCUGUUUUAUACCUGCUUACCGUGCCCGUCCGUGUACGCUGCCUCGAAGGUGUUCUCUACUUAUCUGCUAUCUUGUUGUGUAAAAUGGAAUUCCCGCUGCUUUUGCGCGCUCUACUACUCGUUCUCUGAAACCUCCCUGCUCAGGUGUCUUG